UUAUGUUGGUAUUUACAUUUUCAUUUUUUUAAAUUUGCAUAUUUGGAAAUUUGCAGUUUUCGUAUUUGUGUAAAAAAAAUGGAUAAAAUGGAUGAAGUAGAGAAGUUGGAAUAUUUAUCUUUAGUGUCAAAAAUAUGUACAGAAUUGGAAAAUCAUUUGGGGGCCAGUGACAAAGAUUUAGCUGAAUUUAUCAUACAUUUAUCAGAGAAAAACAACACCAAUGAUUCAUUCAAGAAAGCCCUCAUUGAAGCUGGUGCAGAAUUCGCAGAUUCAUUUAUAUCCAAUUUGUUGAGAAUAAUACAGCAUAUGAGACCUAGAAAAGACCAGUCAAAGGAUGAAAUUGUUCAAGAGGAAAAAAGUGAACUUGCACAGAAAUUUCCAGGUUUAGCUAUACCAAAUGAGCCUCAGAAACCUUUGGGUGAUGAUGAAAAUAUUGAUUCAAAAUUAGAAAAUUCUAAUAAAGCUAAAAAACAGGAUAAUGAUGUUGUAGCAGAUCUUAUGGCACAAUUUGAAGCUGAGGCACCAUCUGCUAGUACCAAUUCCAAAACUGAAAAAUCAAGAAAAAGGUCUAGAUCAAGAAACCGAUCCAGAUCAAAGAACAGAUCCAGAUCUAGGGAACGUAGGCGCGACAGAUCUCGUGAUGACAAAAAAGGUAGAUACAGGGACAGGUCAAGGGAUCGUCAUCGAGAAAGAGAUCGUGACCGUGAGCGUGAUACUGAAAGAAGAAGAGAAAGGCACAGAAGCAGAUCUAGGGAGAGACGAAGAUCAAGAGACAGAAGGGACAGAAGUCGGUCUAGAAGUAGAACCAGGAGAGGCAGAGAGGAUGAUUUUGAUAAAAAAAAUAAAUUUGAUAAGGGUAGUGUGGAACUUGACGAAGAUCCCGUGGUAGGCAAAGUUUACAACGCUAAAGUAGCAAAUAUUGUCCCUUUUGGUUGUUUUGUGCAACUUGAAGGCUUGAAACGUAGAUGGGAAGGACUAGUUCACAUUUCCCAAUUGAGGGGUGAAGGUCGAGUCACGCAGGUGUCAGAAGUUGUUUCUCGGGGGAAUAAAGUGAAGGUAAAAGUUUUAUCAGUUACUGGACAAAAGGUAUCUUUGUCUAUGAAAGAUGUUGAUCAAUUGACUGGAAAAGAUCUAAAUCCGUUGCACGCUCCACAAGAAAGAGAAGACAAAGACAGAAAUCCAGACCGGCCAACUUAUAAUAGCACAUCAGUUCUCAAACUUGCUCUGCCUUUGGAGGAAAAUGAAGACGGUACUAGAAAGAGGGUUACACGAAUAUCGAGUCCAGAAAGAUGGGAAAUCAAUCAGAUGAUUGCCUCUGGAAGUAUCGACAAAAGCGAACUGCCAGACUUUGAUGAUGAAACCGGUCUUUUACCGAAAGAUGAAGAGGAUGGGGAAGCAGAUAUUGAAAUUGAACUUGUAGAAGAUGAGCCUCCUUUUCUUCACGGCCACGGACGGGCCUUAAAUGAUUUAAGUCCUGUGAGAAUUGUGAAAAAUCCUGAUGGAUCGUUAGCUCAGGCUGCAAUGAUGCAGUCGGCUUUGGCGAAAGAACGAAGAGAACACAAGAUGCUUCAAAGGGAGGCCGAAGUGGAUUCACAGCCGUCUGGAAAAAGCAAAUCAUGGAUUGAUCCACUACCUGAUGAGGAAAAUAAACCAGCAGCACCUAGAGGUAUAGGUUUACAAUCUCAAGACUUACCCGAAUGGAAGAAGCAUGUAAUUGGUGGUAAAAAAUCUUCAUUUGGUAAAAAGACAAAUCUCACUAUUCUAGAACAAAGAAAAUCGCUGCCUAUCUAUAAACUAAAAGAAGAAUUACGCAAGGCCGUCACAGAUAACCAAAUUCUAAUCGUUAUCGGAGAAACGGGUUCAGGAAAAACCACCCAAAUUACACAAUAUUUGGCCGAGGAGGGUUUCACAGCUAGAGGAAGAAUCGGAUGUACUCAACCUCGUCGUGUAGCCGCUAUGUCAGUGGCUAAAAGAGUUGCAGAAGAAUACGGUUGCAGGUUAGGACAAGAAGUUGGAUAUACCAUUCGAUUCGAAGAUUGUACCAGUCCUGAAACUAUUAUAAAGUACAUGACUGACGGUAUGUUACUCCGUGAAUGCCUGAUGGAUUUAGACCUCAAAGGAUAUUCAGUCAUUAUGUUGGAUGAAGCUCACGAAAGAACUAUUCACACUGACGUUCUAUUCGGCCUUCUAAAACAAGCAGUUACCAAACGGUCCGAACUCAAACUUAUAGUCACUUCUGCUACUUUGGAUGCUGUAAAGUUUUCUCAAUAUUUCUUUGAAGCUCCUAUUUUUACAAUACCAGGAAGGACGUUUCCUGUCGAAGUUUUAUAUACAAAAGAGCCUGAGACUGACUAUUUAGAUGCCAGUUUGAUAACAGUAAUGCAAAUACAUCUUAGAGAACCUCCAGGAGAUAUUUUGCUCUUUUUAACUGGUCAAGAAGAAAUCGAUACUGCUUGUGAGAUAUUAUAUGAAAGAAUGAAGUCCUUAGGUCCCGAAGUUCCUGAACUUAUUAUUCUGCCCGUUUACUCUGCACUCCCAUCAGAAAUGCAGACCCGUAUUUUUGAGCCAGCGCCACCUGGUAGCCGAAAAGUCGUAAUAGCAACUAAUAUUGCAGAAACCUCUUUGACAAUUGACGGAAUUUUUUAUGUAGUAGACCCUGGAUUUGUUAAGCAAAAAGUUUAUAAUUCAAAGACGGGUAUGGAUUCGUUGGUAGUUACUCCUAUAUCUCAGGCACAGGCAAAACAGCGAGCUGGCAGAGCAGGUCGUACAGGUCCCGGAAAAACUUACAGACUGUAUACAGAGCGCGCAUAUAGAGAUGAAAUGUUGCCUACUCCAGUGCCAGAAAUUCAACGAACAAAUUUGGCAACGACGGUGCUUCAGUUGAAAACUAUGGGUAUAAAUGAUUUACUUCACUUCGAUUUCAUGGACGCUCCACCUGUAGAAUCACUUAUCAUGGCAUUGGAGCAAUUGCAUUCACUUUCAGCACUUGAUGACGAAGGUUUACUUACAAGACUUGGGAGAAGGAUGGCAGAAUUUCCUCUAGAACCAAACUUGUCGAAAAUGCUAAUCAUGUCAGUAGCUCUUCAAUGUUCCGACGAAAUCCUAACUAUUGUCAGCAUGCUAUCAGUACAAAACGUGUUCUACAGGCCCAAAGACAAACAAGCAGUCGCCGAUCAGAAAAAGGCGAAAUUUAACCAACCAGAAGGUGACCAUUUGACUUUAUUAGCUGUCUACAAUAGCUGGAAAAAUAAUAAAUUCUCAAAUGCCUGGUGCUACGAAAACUUCGUUCAAAUUAGAACUCUAAAAAGGGCGCAGGAUGUUAGAAAACAAUUACUUGGUAUCAUGGACAGGCAUAAAUUGGACGUAGUUUCUGCCGAGAAAAACACGGUCCGAGUUCAGAAGGCGGUAUGUUCGGGAUUUUUCAGAAACGCUGGUAAAAAGGAUCCGCAAGAAGGAUAUCGUACUUUGGUUGACAGUCAAGUUGUUUAUAUUCAUCCGUCUAGUGCUCUCUUCAAUCGACAACCAGAGUGGGUUAUUUACCAUGAACUGGUAUGUACCACUAAAGAAUACAUGAGAGAAGUGACUACAAUCGAUCCUAAAUGGUUAGUGGAAUUUGCUCCUGCGUUCUUCAAAUUUUCGGAUCCUACGAAACUGAGCAAAUUCAAAAAGAACCAACGUUUGGAACCGCUUUAUAAUAAAUAUGAAGAACCAAACGCUUGGAGGAUUUCCAGAGUCAGAAGACGACGGAAUUAGAUUAGUGAUAAAAAUACUGCAAAUGUCAGUAGUUGUGUAUUAUUUGUAGGUAUAAAUUAUUAUAAUAAUGAUAAUGAUAUAAAUUACUUUUUUGCAAUUUUUCAAGAAUUAGAAUAGGCAGUGUUGAAGUAAAACUGCCUAUUUUAACCAGAAAAGAACCUGGAAGUUAAUAUAAAACUUAGAAGUAAUAAUAAAAAAACAUGCAAAACUAGAAAAUUCAUUUUAAGGCGAUGAGGGUAACAAUUUCAAAAAAAGUUAAAAACCAGGUUGCCAAAUGUUAGUAUUUGUAUAAAGUUUUAAUAAAACAAUUUAUACUGAGCGAAUAUUGACUAUUUAUAAUAUUUUAUUUACAAAAUAAACAUAAGUUAGGUUUCUAGCAGAUAUGUGUCAAUUUUUUUAAGUUGUUUCCGUUGUUUUCUUCUAAUAUUUUGUAAUAUAAUUUACCUAUGAG